UGUAUAUAGAACCGGAUCACCUUUAGUAUCCCGCGAGCGACGGUAGUACUGGGUAGCCUUGACAGAAGACGGAGCAGCGCCGCAGUGUAGAUUAACAAACCAAGUCUACUCUCCACCCUCAGAAAUGGCUGACCAACUUACCGAGGAGCAGAUUGCUGAAUUUAAGGAGGCGUUCUCCUUGUUUGAUAAGGAUGGCGAUGGUACCAUCACUACUAAAGAACUUGGCACGGUGAUGCGAUCUCUCGGACAAAAUCCCACAGAGGCUGAAUUGCAAGACAUGAUUAACGAAGUCGACGCUGAUGGUAAUGGAACCAUUGACUUUCCUGAGUUUUUGACGAUGAUGGCUCGUAAAAUGAAAGAUACAGAUAGCGAGGAGGAGAUCCGCGAGGCUUUCCGAGUCUUUGACAAGGACGGGAACGGCUACAUCAGCGCAGCAGAGCUUCGCCACGUCAUGACGAACUUGGGCGAGAAGCUGACGGAUGAAGAGGUGGACGAGAUGAUCAGAGAAGCUGACAUCGACGGUGACGGUCAAGUCAAUUAUGAAGAGUUUGUACAAAUGAUGACGGCGAAGUGAAGCUCUUCGGUUUUCUCGGACCUCCUUAGAAGACAAAAAAUCAGUCGAAUAUUUUACUUACCUCUUACGCAAAAAUAUUCAUUUAUUCAUACUGUUUCUGUAUAGAAAAACUGAAUGUUACAAAAAGAUAAAAUGUCCAUAUAUAGAAAAAUAUAUAAAUAUAUAUAUAAAUAUACAAAAAACAACCAAAAAAAGUGAACCAACAUAAAUGACCUGCAUGUACUGGUUAGUGGUCCUGUUCCCAAAGAACUGCUUAGACAUCUCCAAAAAGACACACAAAUAAUCCUGAUAUCAAACCUUCAGAAACUAAAAAGUAAAAGCAUCUGGUGAACUUCUUAACUGGUUCCAUUUGCUAGCGGCGAUGUUUGGGCUGGCCAAUCAUCUUCUACUUCUCGUUUCUGUUCUACAUGCAUGCAGCUUGAGUCCGGAGCCGCUAUUGGGCGGAAACCUCGACGAUGUCUAUCGGAGCGUUCUAGGGGGUUGGAACCGUCUGAAUUCAAAAUGGCCGUUAAUAUAGAUUGGGAUUCGGGUGGGUGCGGGUGGGCCUGGAAUCUGCAUAGGGGACAAAUGAAUGGGACCUUUGCAGUUUGCUUCGGGAACUAAACAAAGAGAUAUUUUUAAGAAAUAAUUAGCAUUUAAGAGAUUUUAAACUACGUUUGGCAUGUCAGGAUAUUUGGAGUUUUGUUUCUUUGUGCAUUGUGCCCGAUAGUAGGGGCGUGUUUAGUGGGAGGGAGUGGCUGAGGGUGUUUAGGGCUGUACCAUAAAUGUUUUUAUCUUCGGUUUUGCUCUGACGGUGAGCAGGUCGAUUUCUCUGGAGAGCGCGGAGGGCUUUUCAUCAGGGCUUGCUUUCGACUGCCCACCUUCGGUUCUGUUUUUGUUCAUUCCAAGUUGUACAUGCUCGUCUUUUGAUUUUUUUCCAAUAAAAGAACAUGAACUUGAA